UAAAUCUUGAAUAUAUUUCCAGGUUUGGUUUUGCGUUUGGUUCAAAAUCAUUGUGUUCUAGCACUUCGGUUAUCCAAAGUCUAACUGUAAUUAAUCGCAAUUUCCAUAGACGCUAGCAAACAUGAAAAUGUUGGCCGAUUAUAAGGAUAUCUUCUCACACGAUGGUUCUGAAAAUGCCUACAGUGUGGAACCGCUGAACGGGUAUCCUUCAAGCAAGAUGUAAGAUCACGACUGCUAGCAAGUCACAUGUAUCUGGUUAUCGUAACAGAUAAAUACAUAAACUUCCACUAAUUUACCUGUGUCAUAGGAUGGCACAAUGAUGACGGAACCACUCUCUAUGCUAGCUAAAACGAGAGCUGAAAAUGGAAGAAGGGAAGUGUCUGCUGGAUGUGAUCAAUGAUCCAGCAGCUCUAGAUGAUUUUCUUACCAGUGACCGUGUAGGGGGCAGUGUAACACAGCAGCAGAUUAUAUCUGCAGUGUACGAUGGGAGCAAUGGGCAGCAGCAGAAUCUACAUGCUGUGGAGAAUAGACUGGGUCAGAAAGGAGCUGGAGGGGCACAACUGCUUCUCCAGGUGACUCAAUCGACGUCACCUGCGCAGUUUGCACCAACAACAGCUGUGCAAGGAGGUUCUGCCAAUCACUUGCCCCACCACCUGAUGCUCAAGUCGAAUCAACACAUUCAGAACCUCUUACCUGGGCAGCCGCAUGUUGUCGUUGAUCAGCAGCAAAAUGUGCUGCAUGGUACAGAGUCUGGUCUAGGUGCUUAUGCGCAGCCGUCGGCAGUAAAUGCAAACAGAAUUGUGAUUCAGAGUCAGGCACCGACCCAGGUACAGACCAUAAGCGUCGGUGGCAGCCAAGACGUGAAGUUUCUACCUGUGAACUCAACACAGCAGAUGUACAACGGUAAUCAAAUCCUUCACAUACAAGCACAAAAUGCUGUCGCCGGUGCAAGCAGUUUUGUGAAACCGACUGGUAAUGCGGUGACAUUACAGCAGGCCGUCAGACCUGUUGCUCCAGGAUCUCAGAGUGUGGAGUUAGUUCGCAUGCAGUCCUUGCAGAACAUAAUGGUGCAAAAUCAAAGUAAUGCUACACCACCUGCAGUGAUGCAGCAACAGACUGUGUUAGUGCGUGCACAGAUCAAUGGGCAGCAGGUAUUUUUGAACCUGCCUAUAUCUCAGCUUAUUCAGAACCAAGGUAAAUUAGUUUUACCAAAUAUUUCUGUGGGUGCUGGACCUUUGCCCGAGUCAAAACUUCAACCAGUUCUCCCGAUGACCUCUGUCCAGCCGCAUCAGCAAGUGCCCAGUAUCGCCAACACUGGGAGUAAGGUGGUGAUGCAGAAUCACGUGUGUAGUUCUCAGUCAAAUGUGCCUAAUGUGCAAACUAUGGGACAGUUCCUAAUCGCUGCUAAGAAAAUGCAAGAAACUGCUCCCAGUAAUACUCAGACUGUGCCUAACCUACAACAAGUGGCAGUCAGCGCUAAUACGAAUUCUUCACUGCUUUAUGAACAGCUUAAGCUGCCGAAGCAGAAUUAUAAGCAUGGUUCCCAAAAUUCACAUGGGGUUGUGCUACAUAAUGCCAUUCAGGGAUCUCAGACUAGUAGUCUGCCAGUGCCAGGCAUAGACUCUGCCGCUGGUCAGCCAACGUCGACUGUACAGCAUUUUCCUGUGUCGCAACAAUCUGGUGAAAGUGUGCAACAACCGUUGAUUUCAACAAGUGCAUAUUAUUCUGCUGUUUCUGCCCAGCCAACGAUGGUCACGUCCAUAAGUGCUCCUUCACAAAACAACACUGCAGUGCCACAGUAUGCCGUGAUACAGCCAAACUCUAGCCCACGGCAUAUACCUGUCACCCAGCCAUCGCCGUACAUGGUCUUGCAGUCAUCGCCACAGACAGUGAUGGCACCGCAGUCGGUCGGACACUACACGACGGCACAGGGGCAGAUGUCACAGGGUACGAACUCACAGCAAGUGAUCAUGUCACAGGGACAGAGGCUGCUGUUCGGCUCACCUCAGCCACAGAUGAUUGUGCAAGGGAAGCCAGGUACACAGCCAAAUGUAGUGCUUCAGCAUGGGACACAAUCUGCUGUGCAGAUGCUGGCCACUGAUCAGAUUAGUCGAAUUGUGAACAGCGAUCAGCAUCAGUCCAACCUUCAGAGCACACAAGCAUCUGUCCCACAAUUGGCACCGAAACCAGUGCAGGGACAAAAAAUCCAGACUAUUCAAUUGACUCCACAGAAUCAGCAAAUUCUACAGAAAGUGCAGGUUCAUAUUAGAGGGCUUCUUAGCAUAAAAGAUCCCACGGAUACGCAGAAACAUCGACUGCAGCAACUGUUCAACAUUCAGCAAACCAUUAUCAAUCAGGGUAGAGAGGCAGCUAUACAGAGUGGCAUAGCGCAAGUACAGGGUCAGCAGGCGGCUGUCGAACCACCUGUUAGUAUGUUGGAUGUGAAAUCAAGUUCUUCUCCUAAGACAAAUGCAAUUGUGUCGGCAGUGAAGCCAGCUGAAACCACUUCUGCUAAGUCGCACAACUCCCACCUGAGUAAUCUUCUCAAGCGACCAGUGCCCAUAGCCAUUAGGCCUGGUACGAGACCUGUAACGACUACCACGUCAUCUGUGACGGUAACGACUGCAACCUCAACUAUGUUGCAGGCACCUGCGCAAUUAUCUAGUGUCCCAGCGGCGGGAUACUCGCCAGUAAUAAGCUUUCCAAAUAAGUUGAGGGUCGGUAAUCAGAUAGUGCAGUUGCCUUCGGCGGCACAGGAGCAGCUCAGGCAAUUCCAGGAGUACCUGAAAACGCUCCCUCUUGAGCAGCAGAAGGCGCUCGUCGAGAAACAAAAGCAGGUGUUGAUGAAUAAAGGCGGACCCGCGUUAGCGAAUUUGGUGCAGCUGCCGGGCGUGAAAGCGACGGCAACGUCGAGUCCGGCGAAACACGGCAGUGCUACGAGUCCAUCCACGAGCAGUGCGGCGGAGACGAGCAAGGGGUCGAAGCGGCCCGGCUCGGCGACCGGUAGAACCCCGGUGCUGAAGUCGUCGCGCAUUCAGCAGCAGCUGACGAAGGAUCAGAAUCUGUGCACACGCGCCGCGCGGCAGACGGCGCAGGUGCCGUUCCGCUCGGUGAAGGACGCGUGCAAGCAGCUGCUGCGCUUUCACGUGUUCACGUCGAAGUUGCCCGCGUCGGAGGACCCCGGCGAGAUGGACGAGACGUUCGAGGCCGUCUCGAGCGGCCUGCUCGCGAAGAAGGAGCAGAUGCUGAGGCAGUUCCAGCUGAUGCUGCUGCAGGAGAGCCAGCGUGAGUCGCCGUCGUGGGAGCGCGUCAUGUUGAAUCGGCUGCUCGUCAGACAAGAACGAGACGAGCUGAAGGCCGAUAGGACGUCGGCAGAUGCAGGCCAGUAUUCCGUUCCCGAAGAGUUGGUGCUGAAACUAGAUGAGAUCAUCAAGAAGCAGCGAGUUGCCGCAGCAACUACUGAUGCGACUGAAAUGAACAGUGAUUCUGAUAAAUACGGCAGUUCGUCCGCUGAAGAUUUGGAUAGCUCUAAAGCAUUUAAUAAGCUGGAAGUUGAAAAUUCAAGUGAUAAUGAUGAGGAACGAACUGCUGUUAAACACGACACACCUGUGAUUGAUGAUGUAUAUCGCAGUGUUUCGACAACUCCACCUUCUAGUGCUACGUCGACGGCUGAUUUUGAUAGUUCGUUGGUCAGUCCACUCAACACUUUCACUACAGCUGGUUAUUCUGUGUCACCCUGCUCAAGUUCAUUGACUUAUACUGGUCAGACUGAGAUAGAGUCCAUACCAAAACAAUCCCUAGUUGACUCGCCAACUAUUCUUCCUACAUCUAACAGCGAUGUUUUGAUGUCAUCGAACUUGUCUCAGCCGAACAGUGAAUCGCUGAAUCUACCAUUGUCCCUAGAAAGCAUAAUACAGCAAACACUUAGUGACGAAGAUAGCUUCAUGGAUAGUGAUCCAUACUGUUUUCAAAGUGAAGUUUCAGCUGACGGCGCGUUGCUCGUCUCUGAAGAGAACGGAGUCGCUGACUCACCUACCAAAGAGAGUGUAACUGAACUGGCUGAACCUGGAUGUUUGGGUGGGAAUAAUGAGGCGCCUACGUAUGUGCUCACUGCUGCUGACUGCAGAAUGCAGAGAAGUCUAAACAAAGUGAACAGCAAAAGUGAAGCAUGUGCGAAAGCGCUAGCGGAAGACAGGUGUUCAGACAGAAAGCCGUCCACGGAUCAGCCUCGUGUUAUGGAAGGAGCAGAGCGGGCCUUUACUCCUGAUCCACAGGAAUACUGUGAUAAUGUGCCAAGUCCGAACGCGGUCUCCCGUCGUCGCGACAUCUUGGAGAAUGCCCUGGUCGAGGGCGAAAACGAAUACUUUGCGCUGAACGGCUUGCCCGAGGACGCGUACCACACGCAGGAGGCGGGCGCCGGUGGCGACAACGAAGCCGAAGAGAGCAUGGACGAGUCGCAGGCGGCAGUGCAGACGCUGCUCAUGACUCAUCCGUCGCUGGACAUCGUCGACUACGCGGGCGAUUACGCCGACAGCUCGUACGACUACGCCGAGUACGUCGACGCCAAGCAGGAGUACACCGGUGCCAAAGAAGCCGUCGCCGCGGCAACGACCUACGACCCCGACGCGAAUCGCGUCGUCGUCGUGAACGGC